AUGAUCACACCGGCUUUCGACAUCAGCCAGGAUGCUGACUUCCUCACUAUCACCAUUAAAGUUCCCUAUGCCAGGGUGUCGGAGUUUGAUAUCUACAUUGACGGAGAUGACUUCAAAUUCUAUGCCAAGCCUUACUUUUCUCAAUUGACGCUGCCUGGCAGGAUUGUGGAAGAUGGGAGACAGAAAGCCGUAUAUAAUGCUGAUGAUGGGGUAUUCACGGUCCGAGUGCCUAAAGAGACCCCAGGACAGCAUUUUGAAGGCCUGAAUCUGCUGACUUCACUAUUGGCACCAAAAGGAACUAGAACAGCAAAACGUCUUGUGGAAGAAAUAGGGGCUUCCAGCGAGAUUCCUGAAGAUGAAGAUGAUGAUGAAGACUUUGACUGGCAGAUUGAACAGACUCCCUAUGAAGAGUCGCCCUCUGAUCAGCUUAAUCCGCAGUGCAGCUAUGGCUUUGGAAAUUUGCGAGUCGGAGUCUUCAGGCGACUGCAGGAAGAACUGAAUGAUGUUAUUGACUUGGGAGACCCUGACGUCACCCCGGCCGCCGAACGCACACGCAGGCGCCUGGAAGCUGAAAAGGCCAAGUUUGACCCCGAUCAUUACCUAGCUGACCUCUUUGAAGACGAUACUGUUAAACAGUUGCUGAACUACAAAACCUGGUGGGAGGAGAUACAGAAGAGAACCUCAAAUGUUUCCCCAGAAAGUGAGGACAAAAGAGUUACGUUUACAGAGAAGGAGAAGGAGCAGCUGAGAAAAUUCACCAACAAGUCCUAUCUGCUGGAUAAGCGAGCGGAGCAGCUGGCGUACCUAGGUCUGAUCGAUGUGCUGCUGGCAUACUGCUAUGAAACCCGUGUCACUGAAGGAGAGAGAAAUGUUGAGUCUUCAUGGAAUAUCAGAAAACUGAGUGGAUCUCUGUGUUGGUUUGAGGUAUUUACUUACCAAAUUUUGGUUGCUGCAAAUUAA